GCGCGGGCCUGUGGGGGAACAUCCGUAUAUAACCCGCUGGUGUUACGUAACUGGUCUGGUAUAAAACGCCUGCUACAACCUCGCCUCCGGACACUUGAACGCUGCAUUUCUUACUACGAGGGCCUCCGUGUGGCGACCAUUCUCCAGCAGUGAGAGAACACAAUGUCAGGACAGAGCACUAAGAGGGGCCAGGGGGCGUGGCUGUCCUUUGAGAACGGCCUCGACAACUACAAGGAGAGCCAGCUGAAGAAGGAGUGGUGGUACAAUGUUACGCCAGAGAACCCACACCUGUCACGGCGGCAGAAGCGGCGUUUCAAGCAUGAGCUAAAGGAGAAGAACGCCGGCAAGGUCCUACAGGCCAAGAUAGAAAAGCAAGGCAGGAAGGAUUCUAAAAAGCCCCAGCAGCCAGCCGAACCCAAACCCAAGCCAGCAGAGAAACCCAAGAAACCCGCAGUGAAGCCAGAACCAGCCACGGCACCAUCUCCUACAGAACCUACCCCGGCAGCUGAAAAAACUACAGCAGUCAAACCACAGAAGGAGAAGCCCGCGAGAAACAAGCAGAAAACAUCCGAAUCCGAGAAGGAAGUCCCCGUAGCAGCCCCCAAGCCCAAACCCGACAUUGUGACGCCGCCCGCCAAGAAAACACCGACGGCACCAACACCCGCCCCUAAGGAAGCACCCGCGCCUCUACCUGUUAAACCGGAACCAGUAAAGGAGGAAAUCAAACCGGAACCAGUAAAGGAAGAAGUCAAACCUGAACCAAAGAAAGAAGAUGUUAAGGAAGAGAAGAAGCCAGAACCAGCCAAGGUAGAAGUCAAACCAGAAGCAGCCAAGGUAGAAGCCAAACCAGAGCCAGUCAAGGAAGAAGCCAAACCAGAACCAGCCAAGGUAGAAGCCAAACCAGAACCAGCCAAGGUAGAAGCCAAACCAGAGCCAGUCAAGGAAGAAGCCAAACCAGAACCAGCCAAGGUAGAAGCCAGAACCAGCCCAAACCAGAAGCCAAGGAAGAAACCAAACCAGAACCAGCAAGGUAGAAAAACCAGAACCCGUAAGGGAAGAAGAACCAGUCCAGUAAAGGAGGAAGCCAAACCAGAACCAGUAGGAGCCAAACCAGAACCAGUCAAGGAAGCCAAACCAGAACCAGCCAAGGUUGAAGUCAGAACCGCCAAACCCCAGAAGCCGCACCAGUACCAGCCAGGUAGAAGCCAACCAGAACCAGUAAAGGAAGCCGCACCAGUACCAGCCAAGGUAGAAGCCAAACCGAACCAGCCAAGGUUGAAGCCACACCAGAACCAGCCAAGCCAAGCCAAACCAGAACCAGUAAAGGAAGCCGCACCAGUACCAGCCAAAGAAGCCAAACCAGAACCAGCCAAGGUGGAAGCCACACCAGAACCAGCCAAGGUAGAAGCCAAACCAGAACCAGUAAAGGAAGCCGCACCAGUACCAGCCAAGGUAGAAGCCAAACCAGAACCAGCCAAGGUAGAAGUCACACCAGAACCAGUAAAGGAAGCCGCACCAGUACCAGCCAAGGUAGAAGCCAAACCAGAACCAGCCAAGGUAGAAGUCAAACCAGAAGUCACACCACCACAACAGGCAGCCACUGAAGCGCCAGCGGCACCCAAGCCCGAAGCUGUAAGUAAACCCGAAGCCAAGCCUGAUGCAGCUGUUCUAGUGGCACCAUUACCUGGUCUUGCACCCGUGCCCGAGCCCUCCCCAGCAGCCACAGCACCGACGAUAGCACAGGGCUUCAUGCCAGCCCUCGACCCAGCCCUAGCACCAGCAGUUGGAGGCCCCAAACCAUCACCAGCACCUCGCUUUGCAUCAACAUUCGUACCUCCUCUUGGGCCUGCUCUGGCCUCCACCUUACCGCCAGCUCCUGCUCCCGAACAAGAACAAAAGGCUCCUUCAUCACCUACAUUGAUGAACUUGAGAGUGCAGGUCGCCCCCUCUGCCACACAGCCUGCAGCGCCUGCCUCCCAGCCUGCACCUGCCCAAGUUCCCGAACCAAAACUUCCUUCAUUCCCCGGUUUUGGCCCAGCGCCCCAGACUACUCCAAGUUUAAGUCAAGGGUUCAUGCCCAGCCUUGCAUCAAGCAUGGCACCUGCUGUGGGUACUACCCCUGUGGCAGCACCUCCGAUGGGACCAGCUCUCUCCCCCGCCCUAGGCACAGCGAUGGGACCAGUUCUAUCACAUGGUCCAAUUGACCCCUUCACAACAGGAGCUCCCGCCCCUCCUCCAGUCAGCUUUAGCCCACAGGGUCCACCUCCUCCAGUCAGCUUUAGCCCACAGGGUCCACCUCCUCCAGUCAGCUUUAGCCCACAGGGUCCACCUCCUCCAGUCAGCUUUAGCCCUCAGGGUCCACCUCCUUCAGUCAGCUUUAGCCCUCAGGGUCCACCUCCUUCAGUCAGCUUUAGCCCUCAAGGUCCACCUCCUCCAUUUAGCUUUAGCCCAAAAGGUCCAGCACCAGCUGCUCCAAUGAGUGUUAGUCCAAUUAAACAAAAUGGCGCUUCACUCAGCUUUAGCCCAAAGAGUCCCUCAGGUGUUCCCCCUAAGGAACAGACAAACGACUCUAUGCCCUCGUUUGCCACGCCCCCUCCCCUCGCCCCCCUUCCCACCUUCCUCACACAAGGAGACGACGACGGUAUCAUCCCCCUGAUGGAGGAGGCCAUGGAGGCACCGGGUCUCUCCGAUGACGACUUCGACCUCCCGAAGGAAUCUAAGGGACCUAUAUUUGACGUCAAAGCUCAGCAAAACGGCCAAGUAAAGAACUGAAGGUGUGAGGCUCCAGCACCACCUGCUCGGGGGUCACAGUGCUAAUGAAAAUAUCAGAAAUAUAAUUGAUUUAUUUCUACAGACUUUGUAUGAACAAAAAAAAUUACUUCAUAAAUGAUUUGUGCCUAAGUACAAACAGUCCACUUUCCUUUCGGCAUUCCUGGCUGAGAAAAUUACAGUUACAUUUGUUAGAUGAAAUUUGUUAAUAAAAUAUUAUAAUAUGA